AACUAACAUAUAUUGUAUUAAAUACUUUAAAUUAAAUAACUUAUCAAUUAAGUAACCAACUUAUUUCUUUAUUCCAUAAUAUAUAGUUUUGUAUAUAUUUUAUAUUUUUAUAUGGUUAGUUCAAUUUUGUAGUUAAUUAUUUGUUUAAUAAUAACAAUAUUUAGACAUUAUGAUAUACGAUUAAAUAUCUUAUUAAAAUAAUAUUAACGAUCUCAAAUUUGGUUAGAUAAUAAUCACAAUACACGCAUGGUUAAUGCCAGUUCAGUCACAACCAACAGACAAAACAAAAAAAUUGAUCAACAAAAUUAUAUUUUUCUGGACAGCUUAACACUUGUAUUAUAAAUGUAUAACCAAUAUUUAUUAUCACAUUUACUUAAAGAAUAAAUACUAUUAUGCAGAUGCACGAAGUUCCAAGCCUUGUCCAUAGAUGAUGUUUUAUUAAUAAUUAUACUUAAAUAUAAUAUAUGUAUUAUUAUAAUAGUUCUGUUUGUAGAUCGUCCACUAAUAGGUGGGUACCAUUUUAGAUUCUGAGCGGGACAAGGAAGCUAGUGGUUUUACAAUUGCGUUUAUUUUUUUUAUAUCCUUUAUACAACAUUUCUACCAGAAGGGGUGCUUCGAUUUAAGCAUAUAGUACCUUAUCUUUUAGCAAAUUGAAUCAAGAUGGUACUUUAGAGAGGUCAUUUUUUGAUUUUCUCAAUAGUUAUUUAAUGCCACGGGAAAAACUACUGACAAAUUACGAAAAACCGCUUAAAAUGGGAUUUCAAUUUCUAAUGAUUUGUUUAUCUCCGUUGCAUCGAAUAAAAAAUUAUAAUAUUAUUCAACUAAUAGUCUAUAAUAAAUAAUAACAAUAUCAAAAAUUCAGACUGGCAGACUGCCUUCGCUCAGGAUCGUUAACAAAGUGUUCGUUAACAUUCCUAUGGUAAACAGUUUUCAUCAGACUUGUUAAACCCCGUGAGUAAAAUCAAAAAUUAACGAAAACUAUUCUUUUUUAUAGUCAAUAGUCAUAUGCAUACUAUACUACCUACUCUACGUUUUUUAGCUUACUGUACAAUUUUGUUUUUUUUUAUAACAAUGUUUUGUACUUACCUUUUUUUUAAUUACCUACUAUUUUAUAAGUUUUAGAUUCUGAGUGGAACGAUGAAUGUAUUGAUUUUACAAUGAUGUGCGUUUUUUAUUUAUUUAUUUUUUUUUUGUGUCUGUCAUCACCUUUUAGGACAGUAAAAGUGCUUGGAUUUUCUUCAACAGUAACUUUUCUGAUAGAAAAGUGAAUCUAGUUGGUACUUUGGUGGGUCAAAAGUAAAAAUUUCACAGUAGUUUUCAAAAGCGACGUGAAAAAUGAAGAAAAAACGGGAAUUUUGACGCAAAAUCUGUUUUCGAAAAAAUCGAUAUUGUUUUUGGUGUAACUCUACAACAAAUGACCGUGUAGGGACAUGCAAUUUUGACUGAAUGUUAAUAUUAGCAUUUUCUAUACAUCAUAACGUUUUCCAAAUAUUUUGACUUAUUUUGAGCUGUUUACGGACAUUUUCAGUUACCAUUUUUUUAAGUUUUUAUUUUCUAUUAUUAUCAAUAAAAUUUUAUUUGUUGGUUAAAAAAGCUUGAAAAUUUAAUAGAAGGUUCCUAGGUUACUGUUUUAAAGACAGAUGAAAAAAAUUAAAAAAUCCAUAGUCACAAAUUUUUUUUAUAAGCAUUUAAAGUUCAAAUAUUGACAAAUACGUAAAAAUGACGAAAAUUUUCAAAUUAUUUUGAGUUUAGAUUUAAAUUAGAAAACUUUUUAUGAAUUUCUAAGAUUUGAAAAUAUAAUACAAGAUUCUUCAUAAGUUUGUCUACCUUUAUCAAAAAAAAAAAUGUCUACAAGAAACUUAAAUUACAUUUUUAUGAGCGUCUGAAAUUUAUAUUUUUACAACAUUUGAUAUUCACUUGAUUUCUCAUGUAACAAUUUUCUUAUUUUAUUGUAAAUAAAAAACGAACGACUGUAGAUAUUUGAAAAUUUCACUGAAUGUUUAUAUUAGCAUUUGCUAUACACCAUACAAUUUUGAAAAUAUUUAAAUUUUUUUGAGCUGUAUACGGACAUUGUCAGUUUUCAAUUUUUUUAGUUUUUUUUUUCUAUAAAUAUCAAUUAAAUUCUAUUUGUUGGGUAAAAAAGGGUGAAAAUUUAAUAUAAGGCUCCUGAUAUAUCGUUCUAAUAGCAGUUGAAAAUAUUAAAAAUACAUAGGCACAAUUUUUUUUUAUUUGCAUUUAAAGUUCGAAUUUUGACAAAAUUUAAUAAUUAUUUUGUAGUUGAAAAUUUAUAAAAUGUUCAAAUUUUAUAGCUAAGGAUUGAAUAUUUAAAACAAGGUUUCACGUAAAUAGGUUAUAUAUAAAUUACUUUAUUCACAAUAAUAUCAUAAAAUAUUCUUGGUAAUAUCAUAGGCUGACUAACCGUUUUCGCUCAGAAUCGUUUUUCAUAUACAAUGAUAUUAUAUCAUUGAAUUCAAAUUUAACACCAUCCAUUACAGUGACCCACUUGUCACCUAAUGUACAGCAGAGCGACAUCCACUUACCCACCUUUUUUUUGAUAGUAUAUUUAUAAUAAUGUACGUACCUACCCACUUAUAUUGGCAUUACUAAUUGUAAUUUUUGUUAAUAAUAUAGGUAAUUAAAAUAAUGUAGUAACUGCAAUUUAUUUCUUAGUAUUUUUUAAAUGUAUGUAUAUUAAUAUAUACGUACAUACUACACAGCCACAUAGGUAGUAAUAAUUAAUGGCUCCGUUUAAUAAUAUAAAACAUAUUAUUGAAUUAGAAAACAGAGAACUGAGAAAUAACAAAAUAUAGGUAACUUCUCAUUUUUAAAUAAUAAUAAUAAAAUAAUAAAUCUAUAAUAUUAAUAUGUAUUAUAUUGAUAAUAGUCUAAUAUUAAUAACAUUUGUUUAUCGAGUUGUAUUCUUUGCAUAUGGCGUCGCGUUUCAGUUUAUUUUGUGGUGGUGUAUACGAAGACGGCUAUCUAGUAUUAUAGUAUAUAUAUUCUGUGGGUUUUAUCGACUUCUCUACAUCGUGUUAUAGAACUGUUAUCACUUAUCAUUACGUCCAUGGGCGGCGGUGUACAAGUGACGUUUAGUACUAGCAAUUGAUAACCGACGCCUUCGGUGACGACGCGUCGCUCGCGCUCACAGACAAUAAAAAAAUGCUAACCUAUAAUCACGUUUCUCGGUGAACCAGCAGCUCCGUCUGGCGUACGCGUUUCGUCAUACCACGUUAUCUGUCAUCAUGGCGUCAUCCCGCAUUUACCUUAUGCGCUCUUUGUCGGUGAACAUCAUAUUUAAUAAGUAAUAACAUAUUAACAUCGUCGUUGUAAUUUUAUUUACCGUUUGACUUGUUCGCAAGUCACACGGCAUUCGUUUUUACGUUGCACUCGUUUUUCAACGUACAAUGAACGACUAAAAACCCGGUGGCCGCCGGGCUCAUUACAGAACCGUAGGUACGUGAUAUCGAUUAAUCGUUGUUCACCGCUACACUUCAGCCGUUUGGUUUCCUCAUCUCCACCGCUAAAGUGCUCAACACUGCGUCGUCGGAAUACUCCAUCAACCGUUAUGAAACUGCUGGUCAUCAACUUGACAAUUGACUACAACUUAAGAACCAUUUAAAUACUUCCCUGGCCCUAAAAAAUGUAGAUCUUAAAACAAAUUAAAUAUUUUCAAACAUGAUGAUAGACUUAACUGAAGAUGAUGAUGAAGAAAAUUCUUCUUCUAUAAUUGAAGACAAAAAUGAACCACAUAACUUAAAUAAUAUUAAUGCAUCACCUCAUCAAAUGGAAGUUGUUGAUAAUGAUUCUUCAACAACAGUCAAUGAUAAUGAUAUACAUGCAAUUUCUCAAGAUAAUCCAUCGGAAAUAAAUCAGUCAGAAAUAACUACGGGCUUUGUCAAUAUAAAUAGUACCCAAGAAAGUGUCCAAGCAAAUACAAUUGAUCUCUGUUCCAGUGACGAUGAAGAUAUGAAUAUUGACCAAUCAGCGAAUAAUCCAGUAGUGAAAUUAGAUGGCAUUAAAUUAAUAAAAAGGCCUAAAAAUGUCAAAAAAAUUCUUCCUAAACAUAGAAAAAAAACGGAAAAAACUUUAGACUUUUUGACUGGCCAGAGGGAAAAUGAUUUAGUUAAUUCAAAUGUUAAACUCAAUGGGUAUGAGUUACAUAUGAGAGAUAUAAUUAAAUUACUUACACCUAAAUCCUGGCUGAAUGAUGUUAUUAUAAUGAAUUAUAUUUCUCUACUGGUUAAGAACUGCGAAGACACAUUAGUGAUAUCCACAGAUACUUGGAUAGAUUUUGGACGCAGAAAGCAUGAAACUGUUAUGAGAUGGGCCAACAAAAAUAAUUUAUAUGAUUUCAAAAGAAUUGUUAUUCCCAUAAACCCAAACCAAAAUCACUGGGCCUUAUUUGUGGUCGACAUUUGGGAAGGGAUAAUACAUUCUUUUGAUAGUUUCAAUAAAACUCAUAUAAAGGAAUAUAAUAUAGUGUCUGAAUUUUUAACUCUGGCAUAUAAUUACUCAGUAAAAAAACCAAGUGAGGAUAGGACCAUGCCUAUUUGGAAAUAUCAAAUUGAGAAAUCUCCCCAACAAAAAAAUACUUUCGAUUGUGGCAUUUUUACAUGUACCAAUGCGAGAUAUUUUUUAUUGGGGAAAAUACUCGAAUUCGCACAGCCAGAUUGUCAACUUUUACGAAAAAGAAUUGCCUAUGAACUUAUUCACAACGAACUUAUUCAGGAUCAGUCAACUAAUCUUUAAAUUAUUAUUAUUUUAAUAACCUUCAUUGUUAAAACACACUAUAUUGUGUAUUGUUAUAUUAUAAUGUAAAUUUUAAUUGUUAAAACAUAAGUAUGAUUAUUAAUUUUGUACCCAGUUAGAGAGCUACAAGCCAGAGUAAUAAUUUUUUUUCUUUUGUAAAUAUAUCUGUAUAGAUCUUAACUAAUAUCAAUCAAACUCAAAUUUUCCAAUUAUUUGUGAUAUUAUAAUAAUACAUUGUGACCAAACUAACUGAACAAUUAUUUCAACAACGGUAUUGUGAAACUGUGAACUAAAAGCGAUUUAAUACAAACUUCCAGUCAUUCCAUAAUUCUUACAUAAUUGUUCACGGUAAAUUUGUUUAUAUAUAAUAUGUAACUGUAUAAUUUUUAUUUUAUCAUAUAAUAUUAGGUAUUAUUGUAAUUACUUAUUGUGUAUUUAUUUAUGUUAAAAUUUUUUUUUUAUUCAGUUAUAGUUUGUUACAUCUAUUGUAUUUAGGUACCAUUAUUAUUAUUAUAUAGUUAUCAAGUAACAUUUAAUGGAAAUAAAAAAAUAAAAAUGUAAUUAGCGUGGAAAAAUAAUAUUAGGUAGGUAAUAAUAGUUACUAACAACAUAAUGUUUAUAAUCAAAAGUAAAAAAUAUCAUUUAUAAUAUCUGAUUAAUAUAAUACAUUUGAUUGCUAGAAAACGAGUUUGUAUAUUUAUGUAUAGUUUUAAUUCAUAAUAAUAAAAAAUAAAAUUAUGAUUGAUAGAUCAACAUUAAAUUGUUGUUAAUUAUUAAAAAAAAUAAUAAAAAUAGUGUUGAUACAGAAAAUGUUUUUCUUUUAUGUAGGUAUUAUCUAGAUGUUGUGUGCUCACAAUUUGAUUUUGCCAGAAGCAAAGGACUGCAUAAAGCCUAACUGUACAGUUUAUAUUCCUAGUAUUUUAAAAUUGUAUAGAAUUUUAAAAAUAUUUAAUAUUAAUCAUAACAUUACUUAACUUAAGUUAAAUAUGAUAUCAAAAUCGAUAUUAUGAUAGGAAAUAAAGUUGUGAUGUUUGGUUGAUGAUAGGAGGGGUAAAUCCACUCUGCUUUAGUGCUCUCUGACCCUUCUCACAAGGUAUACAUAUUCACUGUUAAAAUUGUGCUUGGUGAACUAAACAUUUACCCGAGUAUUUCGAUACAUAAAAAUUGAAUUUAGGAUGAGCA